UUUUCCUUGUGUGUUUUGCAGCCUCUAUUCUUGCCUCUGAAUCCAAUGUAAUGAGAGCAGCUCCUCACAGUCCCAGAGUUGCCGGGGUCUUCAUGCUCAUCGAAGGAGGAAAGUACACGUUGAACUUCACGUCUGCCAGAGCUGCCUGCUUGUUACUGAACGUAACCAUAGCGACCAAAAACCAAAUGGAGCGAGCGUUGCAGCAAGGACUGGAAAUGUGCAAGUAUGGCUGGAUUGCAGAACAGAUUGGAGCCAUCCCACGGAUUAUAUCUGACACAAACUGUGGACAGGGCAAAACUGGGUUGGUGCUGUGGUGGGCUAGUCCAGAUAAACCGUUCGGUGUUUUCUGCUUCAAUGCCUCAGAUUCAGAGGAAACUCAGAGUACGACAGAAGCCGCGCCCCAAACCUCCACAUCUCCAACCAUGCAGACUUCACCGACUCAAACCCCAACACCUACCACACCUACGGUUAAAUCAACAACCAGGGCUCCAUCUUCAGGAAAGCCCAGAACAACAAAAUCCCCUGAGCAGACAUCUGCUUCUGCUCUCCUGUUCAAGACAACCCGUUCUACUAGGAUGUCCUCCACCUCCACUUCUCUCGAUCCUUUCUCCACCCAUAUUCCUACAUCUCUCUCUCACCUCAUCAGCUCAAAACCAACAGUCGACACUGUUGCUCCGUCUGAGAGCUCUGCAGAAACCUCUCUCGGAGUUGUGCCUACAGCCCUCAUCAUACUUUGCGUCAUUCUCUUACCUCUGGUAGCAGCAGCCACGUGGUACUACAAACGGAACCCAUUUUGUUGUCCGGGGCAGCAGAAAGACGACAUAGAGACAGAGAUGUGGAAGCACACAGACAGUGAAUUGGACCUGCACAGUCAACAUGGAGCAGAGGAAGGUGAUGGAUAUGAAGAACCAGACAGGAAGUUCUCCAGUGAUAUCACGCUGUGUGUGAAUCCAGACAUCAAAAAUCAAAUGAAUGGGCAAUAAUACCCAAAUGUUUAAAAAAAGGUUUUAUACAGACUCGAAGAUGGUUUCUUUGACUUUUCAAUGUGAUUGUAAAUACUAUGCA